AUGAGUUGGAGUUUGGAAAGUCAAUUGGAGCACUCAGAAGCUCUAAGAGAAGAAGCUCACGUAAUGAAUUUUUCGUUGGAAGAGUCCAAAUCUGAACUUGCGAGUAGACUAGAGGUGUUGGAGUCUGAAAAGAAGCAGUUGGAAGAAAAGAUUGUCAUGCUGGAGGCUGCUGAUGCUGAACGAAUGGAGCAGUUGAAAGUUGCCACAGAGGGCUUAACUAUGUGCUGUGCCGAUAUUGAGUGGGUCUUAACUAAAUCCAACUUUAAUGCCUUUAUCCUUGCUGCUACAACUUUGAUCCUGUUUUCAACUAUUAAAGUAUUUGUCCCUAGAAAACCUCCUGUUGACUACCAAGGAGCUAGAGAAGCAAAACCAAUCACAGAAUUUGCACUCAAACAAGUGAAGACACUCCUUAAAGACAAAUUAAGUGGAAAAACUACAAUUACUGAAUCAAGUGUACAGAAAAGAAAAGAGAGGUACAUAACAGAAGCAUAUAGAGAUGUGCAUCAAAAAAGUGUACAGGCCAUGAAAGCACAAAUGGGAGAUCUUGGACAGAGCUUAGGAAUGACCCAAGCCUUCGGUCGACGACGCCUCCACCUCUGGCCAACGACGCCUCCGCCUCCGGUUGACGACGCCUCCACCUCUGGUCUCCAGUCGACGAGACUGACGAAGUCUCCUACUCCGGCCUACAGCCGCUUCUGCCUCCUUCUUUCACGUUGUUUACAGAAAGAUAAAAGACCUCUCAUUGAACCAUUACCAAUAUCGACCCAAGCUGCUCCUAUUCUUCUUCUUCAUGACCAGGAAAAAGAGAAAGAAAACGUGAAUGUUGAAGAAGCUAAAGAGCAUAAGAAGAAAGCAAAGAAAAAGCAAGAGUAUGAGAAAAAUCUUCCUAGAAAGAAAAGAAGGAAACUGGAAGCAUCUAAAGAGAUGAUGGGGGAUGAAGCAGAAAAUAGGGUACAAAAGGAAAAGUUAUACAAAACGAUGCAAGAACCCAUGAUGCCAAAGAAACUGUUUAAGAGCCACAACAUUCUGGAGUCGUUUCCUAUUGUGUCUGAACCCGGGAUCUUCAACGCUGUGAGUGUUGAAACCGUGAUUAGCUCAGUGGCCAUUAUGGAGAUAUUGAAAAAAGAACAACUUGAUAUUAGUUGUAUUCUCUGGUAUCAAAUAAUGCUACAUUCACUCAUGCUUGUAUCAAGAAUGGAUAACAAAUGUGGUUUUAUAAACCCACAAUGUAUCACGUCUACGAGAUGUGAAUACGAUGAUAGGGGUGAAACAGAUCAUGUCAUCAAUGAUCUUGUUGAUGUGAUGAAUUUUCAUGAGGAAAAACAAUUUUUUCUUGCACCAUAUUGGGAAAGGAGACAUUGGAUGUUGAUAGUGAUUUAUCCUCAUCAAUAUAAAAGCUACAUUUUGGAUUCUGCCAGAGGGACAAAGACAUUGAAAGACUACACAAUAGUUGAACAUGUGAAUAAGGCUGUUACAAGGUUUAAAAAAACAAAAACCAACAAAUCAUGUUUGUGUCCAAUGACUUGGAUUUUCCCCAAGUGUAAUCAACAAUUGUCCGAUUGGGAGUGUGGUUACUACGUUAUGAACUGGAUGAAUGAGUUUGUACUUUUUCGACAACAUGGAUUUCCGAAAAACAUUUGGAAGGACAAAAAAACAUUUUCUAGUGAGGAAUUGGAGGAACGUGUUAAAACAUGGAUGAGAACUUUUGGUGAUAAAGUGAAGCCUUUUUGUAAGGCAUACAAUGAAUCAACCACAAAGGGGAAAGAGAGGUUAGAGGUGACAAAGGGGAAAGAGAGAUGGGAGAUUCAUAGUAAGUCAAGAAGCACCUCAGAAGCCAUGGAAGCGAAGUCGAUUAUGGGUUCUGGAAAUGUUCUAGGACUCACCCUUGACACAAGAAUGCUUGGGAAUGACAAGUUACGUGAAACAUUUGAGUUGAAAGCAGAUGCAUCGAAUAAGAUGGAUAAGAUGAUGCUAUUUAUUCCAGAACAAUCUCAGAAGAGGAAAAAUUUGACCGGCUCAUGCUCAAAAGACAAAAAGUUGCUUGGAUCAUUGAAGAUUCUUAACUUAAGUUUCUGUUAUCAGCUUCGUAGCUUGGUUGAGUUUGAAGAACUCCCCGCACUUGAAAGUUUGGUUGACAUUUUUGAAUCAAUUGGACAAUGUGUUGAACUUGUGGUCAUUGAUUUAAGCUACUGCAACAAGCUUGGAAAACUUCCAAGAACUAUAAGUGCGUUAAAGAAGGUUACAACACUAUUGCUAGAUGGUAGUAAUACCGUUUCACCGAAAUUGUACAAGGAUAAGAAAAAUCUCAUAAGCACAAAAACCUCCACCUCUCUGGAGUCUAUAUGGUGUGAUUCAGAGGCUUCAAGUGAUUGGAAGUUAAUUACCUUACCUAGUAGGGUAAGGCUGCCACUUUCAAAGAGUAAAUUGUCCACCGAAUCCUUUCCCAUCGACUUCAGUUGCCUAUCCAUGUUAAGGGAAUUAUGUUUAUAUGAGAAUCCUAUCGUUUCACUUCCCAAUUGCAUGAGAAGCCUUCCUAGGCGUGAGUCGCUUAGUAUAAAAAACAGUGAAAUAAAGUCAAAAUUGUUAGGGACUUCUUCAGUUAAAUUUGAAGGAUUGGUUGAAAUCCAACCAAUGGAAGGUGUUGAGGAUAAGAUAUUUCAUAGUUUGGGUUGGACUAAGUUGGCCUUUCUUAAGGAAAGGCAUGUGGAAACUUCUUUUUGGGUCUACAAGACCAGAGGAAUCUGA